UUUUGAAUCAACAAGCAACCCCUGCCCUGACUGAAGCAGAAACGGCGAUAAAGAUAGACAGUAAACCCUAAAAAGAAAGAAAGAAAGAAAGAAAAGAUGGGAGGCAAAGGGAAGAAGAGAAGAGAAAAGAACUACAAAGAAGCACAUGGAGUGGGCAAGAACAGGUUACCUCCGCCCCCGGUUCGUUCAUCUCUCGAUGUUAUUCCCUCCAAGCUUCGCAAACUCAUGUCAUAUACCUCAGGCUCUGGAAAGUUAUCAGUCGACGACGCUCAAGAGAAUAAAGGCCCUGCUGCCUCAGAUGUUGCAAAACUAUUACUUGAUAGUAAUAAUAAACUUUCUACAAAGAAAAAACCUGAUUCUGUUUCUUCUGAGUCCAAGAUUGAAGAUACUUAUGAAAUAGAUAACUUUUCUACUGAAAAGAAAAAGAAGAAAAGGAAAAGGAAGCAGGUAGACGAUCUUCGGUUUGUGGCUGAACUAGGUGCAGUUGGUUCAAAAAGGAAGGAACGAAAGAAAAAACUUCUAGAAGAAAGGAAAAAGAAACACAAGAAGGCGAAGCAAGAAGAUGAUCUUAACUUUCCGGGUCGUGAAGAGAUCAAAUUUGGAGAAGUUGUUCAAGCUCCACCAAAAUUGGUCAAUGUUCCCAAGCGAUUUGGGUCUUCAGUAAACGCGUCCCAAGAGAGGAUACGGUUGAGAACAAUUGAAGCUUAUAGGGAUCAGAAGAAAUGGGCUUCCAGGCCUGGACUUCAUCUCCCUACAACAGACUUAACACACCACAACAACGUUGUAUUACCAGUUGAAAAAUGACCAUGAGACGAAUUGCAGAUCAUUUUGCUCUCAUAUUUUUUCAAGUAAGAACACCCUGAAUCUGCAUUUUGGUGUAUUCGUUGAAGCAGAGGAUACAUUUUUAAUUAGAAUUACUUAAUGUUAGUUACAUGUCUUGUUUACACAGUUUAAUAGUUUGAUUUUUGAAAGUGAAAUCUUGGAAGUGCAGUUGCUUUAAAUUACUAAUGAACUUGUAAGAAUUUGGCUAAGUUUUCAAAUUAUAAUGCGAAUUCAUCUUGCUA